AUGGCUGGAGGAGGAAGUAUUAGAUAACAUGAGCUCGGUUGUGCCACAGAAGACCCAUUCCAACACACGCUCAUGUUCAUCUCCAAAAUAUCACAAUUCAGCCUUAAAGAGAAGUCUUUAUAUUAUAGCGCUGGUCAGUGGUUAUAAAGAUGACACUUUUUUUCUAAACACAUGCACAACAUCAUCCUCAUUCUCAUCAAAAUGUGUCUGAUUGAAUCUGUUUCAUGAAGUAGGUUAGGUGCUAAAACAUCCGUUUGCUCUGUUUACAGUGAAGGAGUUUCUUGCCAAAGCCAAAGAAGAUUUCCUCAAGAAAUGGGAGAAUCCAGCACAGGUGAGUCAGGAAAGAGGGAGGUGUGGGAAUGAAUGACAUGCCUCCUGCACAUGCUCAGAAAGCCCCAGCAUACAAGCCCAUCCCAGUGUCAGUCAGACCUGGGUGAGAGAAGGAAUGUGUGCCCUCUGCUGGAUCUAACAAGACUCACACUUGUUGGAACUUUUCAUUUUCUUAGCUUUGAGGCAUACACAAUAGAAUUUACUGAUUAUGUGCAGCAUUUAGCAUAACACUUUCCCCCCUUUUUUAUUUUAGCAUAACACAAGUUUAAUUUGCUAUUGUAGUAAUGUAAAAAUAUGACUCAUACUUUUGCUGCAAUAUGUGUGCACAGGCAGGACUAACAACAGUUGCUGUGAUGCAUUGCACUUUUUGAAUGUCACAGAAUCCGUAUCAUAUGCUGCUUUUGAUGUUUUUUUUGACCGGACAGUGUGAAGUUUGAUGGAUAGAUAGACUGUUGCAGUCCAGUGUUACUACUCAGCCUGACUCUGGCUGGUUUGUGUGCUUGUUUCCCUGUUCUAACUGACAUGUUCUCCUCUCCAGAACACUGCAGCCCUGGAUGGCUUUGACCGCCUGAAGACCCUGGGCACGGGCUCAUUUGGUCGAGUCAUGCUGGUCAAGCACAAAGAGUCAGGCCAGCAUUUUGCCAUGAAGAUACUUGACAAACAGAAGGUACAGUAAUGUGGCCUGGGGAGUCAGUUGUGCAUUGGUUUUCAGAGUUGGGGUUGAUUUCAUUCAAAUUCAGUUAGUGAACUGACUCCAAGUCCUCUUACAAUGCAUGUAUAUGGCUUUUUUAUGUUAAUGAAUACGAAUUUGUAUUAAUCUCAUGCAUUGAUUUAUGUGAAAUGGAAUUGAACCCUGGUGCUGUUACUGUCUCUUGGCCGAUUAGUCCGAGAUUUAGGGGGCUCUCCUUGCUUAACAAAGAGUGUCCUGGUUUGUUCCCCCUCAGGUUGUGAAGCUGAAGCAGAUAGAACACACACUGAAUGAGAAACGCAUCCUGCAGGCCGUCAGCUUUCCCUUCCUGGUGCGGUUGGAGCACUCUUUCAAGGUACUGCUGGACGUGUGUGUGUGCAUGCGUUCGUGUGUGUGUGUGUGUGUGGGUGUGUGUGUGUGUGCGUCAGGGUUUCCGUUAGCCGGUAAUAGCCAGCUUUUGGCCGUAAACGUUUUUUUUAAAGGCUAAAAAUAAAAUUGACACCUGCCAAAAUCAAAACUUUGAAAUAAUGCUUUUUAGCCUAUUCAAUGAUGGAAAUACCAGUUGAUGUAAAUACAUUAGACCGAUAAGAAUGAUUGGUCAAUGGUUUAGUUUGCAUAAUUUUGUGGAAUUAAAUUGGCACGUGUGUAUAUUUGUUAUGUAUCUUAUCACAGAUACAGAACCUUUGAGUGGAAAAUCUGUCAGACAGCGCUUUUUAUAAGCCCAAUCAUUGCGCAAUAAUUCUAAAUGCAAUCAUGUGUUAAAAAUUGUUUUUGGGCCAAGAUUAAAAAUAGCGAAUGUUAUUUCUCAACUGGUAAUUUGAAGCGUGCUUCCCAUUCAAAUGCAUAGGCAACGGAAGGCAGGCUUCAUCAGCGCAUCACACCACUUUGCAAAAAGCUGGAUGCAGUAUGCAUUUUGAAAACAUAUAGCUACUUAAUUAUUUGCAACCUGAACGUUUUACUACGUAUUAUGAGGCAUGUUUUACCUUGCUUCAAAGUAGCCUAGGCAACAUCCGACCAUAUCCGUGGAGGCAAUUAUUUUAUAAAGACUUCCAUAUGCCAUUGAAACCAGUAGCAUAUUUCUCAUGUUCUAUUGGUUUUCAACUUAUUUUUUCAUUGUCCGGUAGCCAAAUGCACAUUUGCACGUCGCCUACUGCCUUGGUGCAUUGCUGCGCUAAUAAUGUUAUUAGUUUAUCAACAUUUUAAGCUAAACAUUCUGAUCUGUUGCAUCAGGUUAAUUUCUUUUUAGCGUUGUUUAAUGUAGCCUAGGCCUACUGGUUGGAUGAAUUUAGGAUCUAUCAUCCCACAACUGUCCCAGAGUCUGUUUGGAAUAGGGUCAACUUUUCUGCUAUGGGGAAUAGUAGAUUGACAUACAGUACCAGUCAAAGGUUUGGACACACCUACUCAUUCAAGGAUUUUUCUUUAUUUUUACUAUUUUCUACAUUGUAGAAUAAUAGUGAACACAUCAAAACUAUGAAAUAACACAUAUGGAAUCAUGUAGUAACCAAAAAAGUGUUAAACAAAUCAAAAUAUAUUUUAGAUUCUUCAAAGUAGCCACCCUUUACCUUGAUGACAGCUUUGCACACUCUUGGCAUUCUCUCAACCAGCUUCAUGAGUAAUGCUUUUCCAACAGUCUUGAAGGAGUUCUCACAUAUGCUGAGCACUUGUUGGCUGCUUUUCCUUCACUCUGCGAUCGAACUCAUCCCAAACCAUCUCAAUUGAGUUGAGGUCGGGUGAUUGUGGAGGCCAGGUCAUCUGAUGCAGCACUCAAUCACUCUCCUUCUUGGUCAAAUAGCCCUUACACAGCCUGGAGGUGUGUUUUGAGUCAUUGUCCUGUUGAAAAACAAAUGAUAGUCCCACUAAGCGCAAACCAGAUGGGAUGGCGUAUCGCUGCAGAAUGCUGUAGUAGCCAUGCUGGUUAAGUGUGCCUUGAAUUCUAAAUAAAUUACCGACAGUGUCACCAGCAAAGCACCCCCACACCAUCACACCACCUCCUCCAUGCUUCACGGUGGGAACCACACAUGCGGAGAUCAUCCGUUCACCUACUCUGCGUCUCACAAAGACACGGCGGUUGGAACCAAAAAUCUCAAAUUUGGACUCAUCAGACCAAAGGACAGAUUUCCACCGGUCUAAUGUCCAUUGCUCGUGUUUCUUGGCCCAAGCGAGUCUCUCUUAUUAUUGGUGUCCUUUAGUAGUGGUUUCUUUGCAGCAAUUCGACCAUGAAGGCCUGAUUCAUGCAGUCUCCUCUGAGCAGUUGAUGUUGGGAUGUGUCUGUUACUUGAACUCUGAAGCAUGUAUUUGGGCUGCAAUCUGAGGUGCAGUUAACUCUAAUGAACUUAUCCUCUGCAGCAGAGGUCUUCCUUUCCUGUGGCAGUCCUCAUGAGAGCCUGUUUCAUCAUAGCGCUUAAUGGUUUUUGCGACUGCACUGCACUUGAAGAAACUUUCAAAGUUCUUGAAAUGUUCCGUAUUGACUGACCUUCAUGUCUUAAAGUAAUGAUGGACUGUCAUUUCUCUUUGCUUAUUUGAGCUGUUCUUGCCAUAAUAUGGACUUGGUCUUUUACCAAAUAGGGCUAUCUUCUGUAUACCCCCCUACCUUGUCACAACACAACUGAUUGGCUCAAACGCAUUAAGAAGGAAAGAAAUUCACAAAUCCACAAAUUAACUUUUAAGAAGGCACACCUGUUAAUUGAAAUGCAUUCCAGGUGACUACCUCAUGAAGCUGGUUGAGAGAAUGCCAAGUGUGUGCAAAGCUGUCAUCAAGGCAAAGGGUGGCUACUUUGAAGAAUCUAAAAUAUAUUUUGAUUUGUUUAACACUUUUUUUGGUUACUACAUGAUUCCAUAUGUGUUAAUUCAUAGUUUUGAUGUCUUCACUAUUGUUCUACAAUGUAGAAUAUAGUAAAAAUAAAGAAAAACCCUGGUACUGACUGGUACUGUAGGUUCAUAUGCGGCACGUCCAUAAGGCUAGGGGAACCUUUCCUUAAGUAAAUUGAAUUAAAUUGCCAACAUUAUAUAGCCUGAUUUAGGCUACUCUUGUCUAUACAGAAAUAAAUAAAAUCAUUCAAAAUUUGCUACUAAAGCAUGAUUUGGCCACAGAGGAUCAUUAGCUUCCCCUAGUCUUAAAAAAAAAAGUUGUGGAUUGUUUUAAAUCGCAUUGCCUACAGUCGGAAGGAAAGGCAACACGCGCAAUUUUGGUUGCCACUGUCAGUGAAAAGUAGAGGCCCAUCUUGGCUUAUCGCAAUAUUUCUAAAUUAAAUUGUGGGAAACAGUUUGGAUAGCAAAUGGCUAUUGCUGUAGAGAGAAGACAAUGAAAAGACUCAUCUGUCUUUUAAUCAUCAAAAUUCAACUUAAUUGAGCGAACAACAGUAAGCCUAUCUUAUUGGCAACAGCUGAAAGCAUCGGCCAUAUCCCCGGUGAAUGCGCACUGCGCAUAUUCACUCUAUCAUUGUUGGGUCAGCGCCACUUUCCUCCUCCAGUUUAGAUGGACCUUAUAUUCUAUUUGUCUCCCCUACUCGUAGGCCUACUAGGCUAUAGGGACAACGUCGUUUUUAUUGAAUCUUUGUCAAUGGCAGCAGAGUAGGCUACCCUGUCAUUUGUCGUAUUAAAAAAGAUUCUGCUAAUGUCUCCAGUCAUAUAAAGUGUAGUAGAAUUGCAUGAAAUGUGUUUUUCCUAUGCAAAUAAAGAAGAAACGUAUCUGAUAUAGCCUAUAGCCCAGGCCUCUACGCUAUAGGCGCUCAGCCAUGCAUUGAACAGUCUUUUUUGCGAACAGUGAUUGAGUUAUAUUAUUAUCCUAAAUUAUCCAAGACUAUCCAAUCUACUCAUCACAUUACGAAUAGUAGGCUAUCUUACAUAAGCCUGCAAAUGCCAUGAUGCAUGGAAUGUUUUAUUAUAAAGGUGUAUUUUUAUGGUGAAAAUUUGCUUCCCCAAACUUGAAACUCACGCUCCGCCUAUGCGUAGGCUAGUGAUUUUGCUAUUCAUUACUCGUCUUCUUGGCUGAGGAAAAAGUUAAUGUGGACAGUUAUUCUAACAUCUUCAAUGUGCACAGUAAGGACACACGUCAUUGCAUCCUCGACUUGCAUGUUCUGUUAAGAUGAAUUACCAUAAUCUAAAUGUGAUUUCUGUCAUUCUGAGCACCGUGGGAGGACACCCUAAUCGGGUUACGCACCCAAUGCAAAUGGGUCCGGUACAUUUCUCAAAUAUCCGGUAAAAUAAAAUGCUGCCGGUCAAAUGUCCGGCGCCACAUUUUCAUAACGGAAACCCUGGUGUGUGUGUGUGUGUGUGUGUGUGUGUGUGUGUGUGUGCACAUACACGUUUGUGCCAUGAAGAAGGUGAGGUUCACAUCAACUCAAAUUUCUCAAAUAUUUUGCUCUCUGUAGGACAACACUAACCUGUAUAUGGUGAUGGAGUAUGUCCCUGGUGGUGAGAUGUUCUCACAUUUAAGGAGAAUUGGCAGGUUCAGGUGAGUCUGUUUACCUGUCUCCCACUGUUGAAAUAUAACCAAAUGGCUACAGUAGUUAACCUUCCCUAUUUUCCAUAGACCAUAACUCCACAACAGCCUCCUAGUAAAUAUAUUGUGGUGUCCACAUGACCCUCUGACCUCUCGCUCCUUCUCUUUCUCUGCCUGCAGUGAGCCCCACGCCCGCUUCUACGCCGCCCAGAUUGUUCUGACCUUUGAAUACCUUCACUCACUGGACCUCAUCUACCGAGAUCUGAAGCCUGAGAACCUGCUCAUUGACAACCAGGGAUACAUACAGGUGAGAACACGCAUAGUCAAAUGGCUAGCUAGCUAUACAGGUACUGUAGAACUAAUGGAGAACAAGCAUGGGUGUACUGUACAUACUACACAUGAAAUGCAUUCUACAUGCCCUGAUUUUGAAAAUGCUCUUAACUCUAGAACCGCCAACGGCCACUAACGUUUGAUUUUGUAAAUAAAAAAAUCAGCCCCCCCAAAAAAAGCGAUAUCCUGCUUCUUCCCUGACUUUUCCUAAAUGUUUGUAUUUUACACAACUCAUUUGUCCGAUUUUUGAAAUCACAAACAGAAAAGUAUUUAGAGCCUUUUUACUAGUUUUUUUAACACCUAUUCCUGACUUAACCCGCCAAGACAAUGUGCUGUAGGACGUUGGUACCCAGCCAGGCGCUAAUGUGUCCCUCUCUCCUCACUGAAUGAAUGACAAAUGGAUGAAUGGGCGAUAAUUGUGCACCUUACUUGACAAUUGAAUUUAAAUGAGGCCUAACUGAAUGAUAAGAAAGGGUGAAGAGGUUGAUUUUAAUUUAGAAAUACAAUAUUGUAAUGAUGAGUCUGUUCACACAUGAUAAGGGUUAGCCUAUAGACAAUAUUAAAUUGACAAUCUGAUGAGAUGCAGGAAAAGGAGCAUCACUAACAAAUCCUCCUUCAGUCACAUGAAGGUAAAACAUUUUGAUUUCUAUAUAGUAUCAGAAAGGGCAUAUUCUGCUGUUUGUAUGACACUUACCUUUGUCAAACAACUCAAAGUUCAAGAGGUGCAGCUCUAUUUCCAAAUGUAACUUUUUCCAAGAAUAUCCAUGCUGUCCAUGCAUUCAGCACAUGACCAUUCGCGCGGCAGCAUUGCUCUGGACUACUAAGCAAAAACUAGUAACAUAUAAUACCAUUUGAAUUAAAAUAUGGUAUUCUGUCGUCAAUGGAUGAAUGGGUGAUAGAAACUGGAUAAUGGUGCAUGUGACUUCAAUGAACUGAAUGAUGAGGAGGGUGAUUGAAUUUAGAACAAUAGUGUAAUGAUGAAGAAUUGUGGGCGGUCAAUUUUUUUAAAUGGAAAUUGUAUGUAAUUUCCACUCAGAGUCAAAUCAGACACUGAGUACAACAUACAAUGUGUGUAGUUCCCAAUGGCAAGCCGAACCAAACGAAUGGACGCACUGACAGCAUUGCAAAUGCUGCAGAAUUGAUAUGUUGAAGUCAGAUGGAGGAUCAGAUAUUGAGCUUGAAAUCGACAUUGCUGAGGAAGUCUUCAUCUGAUUCUGAUGUUGACUUUGAGCCUCUGCCUCUGAUGCCUGAGCCUCGCCACAGAAAAACCAGAACAGAGUCAACUGUGACGGUGAUCACAACUGCCACGUGAGACAGGAGUCUGUGAGGGAUGGCACGGCUUGGUUAGAAAAGAGUGACGAGUUUGUGACAUGCAGAUGUUGCAGCACAUCAGAGAUUAUACUGUUGCUCAUGCGCACUGAAAAGGAAAGAGUACGUGGGAUGUCUAUGGAUGAACUCAAAGCAUUUAUUGCAAUCUUGUAUGUCCGCGGGGCAUACGGCAGAAAGAGCAUGGGUGUGGAGUCAUUUUGGUGUGAUUGGUAUGGGGUGGACUUUUUCCGAGAGACCAUGCCACGCAACCGCUUCAGAGAGAUUAUGCGACACCUGUGGCAGGUGCACAUGAAACAAGGCCCAUGAAAACUGUUCAGUGCAACCGAUUUUGUGUGCCGACUGUGGACCUGAAGACGAGAUUGAUUCAUGUGUAAAGGCACGCGUAUAAGGGAGCAAUACAGUGUCGAUACAAUCAACAAAUGACUGUUUUUAUAUCUUGUUCAUGCACUGGUGCUUUUGUUUAGGAAUACAGCAAAUAAUUUCACGUGUGCACCUGGACUGGUUAUAUUAUUAUUAUCUUUUUAGUUUCUACUUUGUCAAAAGAAGCUGUAACUGGCCUUCAUUAAUUACUAUAACUAUUACUAAUCAAAUCUACAAAUAAAGUAGAUCAAAUGGAUUACACUGUAAUCUUUUUAUUGUAAGGGAAACAAAAAUAGGCUAUAUGCUACGUUUUUUUCUAGGACUUAGAGUCAAGAAUAUGUUUUGUAUAAUUCUACUAUCUAAACAAAUAACUGUUUUUAAUUGAUACAUUUCCACAAAUAUUUCUACAUGCAAUUAAUCCUCUAUAAUAGUUUAUGCACUAUUUAUCAAGUGUUGGGUCUUAUGUUUGCUGCACCUUGCAGGUUGAUAUGCAUCUGAUGCAUAUGCUAAAGGGGACGCCCGAUAACGUUCUCUAGCGGGUGCUCAUAGAAUAUUAUGUUCUACUCUGUGGACUGGCGGUUCCUAGUGUUAAAGGGAUAGCAUGCUAGCCGAUACCAUAGACUUCCAGUGAUUAUGCUAACGCUAGUUAGCAUUGGCUCGCAAAACUACCUCUAACUUCCUUCAUACUGGACACAGAAACAUACAAAUGGUAUCCAGAAGUUCAUCUGACUCCGGGGAAGUAGAUAAAGGGCCUCAUUGCCAAAAUCCUGGAAGUAUAACUUUAAGCUAAUGUCAGAACUGAACUGUUGAUUGUCGUUGCUGAGACACCUCUGUGUUCCUCCCAGGUAACAGAUUUUGGUUUUGCAAAGCGAGUGAAGGGCCGGACCUGGACGCUGUGUGGCACUCCGGAAUACCUGGCCCCCGAAAUCAUCCUUAGCAAAGUGAGUGGUCACCACCAAACCCCCGGCCUGCCGUCACACCUCAUAUCCAUAACAACACUGGGGUUUUUACCACAACAUAGGGGUCAUUACCACGACACAGCAAAGAUCAUGUCACUACAGCCAUUCAUAAACAACUCGGACCAUGAUUACAACUGCUGACUAGAGAAGAGCCUAUGUAUGACACAUUCCCUUUCUUUCUAUUUGUGCUUAGUUCUGCCUCUUUCCCUGUGAAUCUAACACUCUUUUUUUUUUCUCUACCCCCCGCUCUCUCUCGCUCUCUCUCGCUCUCUCAGGGUUAUAAUAAGGCAGUGGACUGGUGGGCUCUGGGCGUGCUGAUUUAUGAGAUGGCUGCUGGCUAUCCUCCCUUCUUCGCUGACCAGCCCAUUCAGAUCUAUGAGAAGAUUGUAUCAGGGAAGGUGAGUACAGAGUACAUCAGACAGAAACCCAGAUUACGCUCUUCCUUUAAGAUCUGCUUUCAGUACCAGUCAGAUAAUGCAGUUAUCAUUGUAAUUUACCUCCAAACUAAUUAGCUGUCUGUAGCUAGGUUUCCAUCCAAUUUGCAACUGUGGAAUAUUCUAAAAUCUGCACAAAACAAUAUGCGCAUUUUCCCACCAGAUGUUUCCAUCUUAUUAGGCAAGUCAGUAUUUUGACCAUAUCAUCAUUAUUAUGCAUAUUUCCCAACUCCAAGCUGUAUAAACUGGAAUGCUUAUUGGAUUGAAGCAUAUCAGGUGAUGUGUAUUUGUGUAAUGAGGGAGGGUGUGGCCUAAGGAGAUCAACAACCUAUAUCAAGGUGUGCAUAAUUAUUAGGCAGCUUCUUUUCCUCAGGCAAAAUGGGCCAAAAUAUUGAUUUAACUGACACUGAAAAGUCAAAAAUUGUAAAAAGUAUUUCAGAGGGAUGCAGCACUCUUGAAAUUGCUAAGAUAUUGGGGCGUGAUCACAGAACCAUCAAACGUUUUGUUGCAAAUAGUCAACAGGGUCGCAAGAACCGUGUUGAGAAAAAAAUACUCAAAUUAACUGCCAAAGAUUUGAGAAGAAUCAAACGUGAAGCUACCAGGAACCCAUUAUCCUCCAGUGCUGUCAUAUUCCAGAACUGCAACCUACCUGGAGUGCCCAGAAGUACAAGGUGUUCAGUGCUCAGAGACAUGGCCAUGGUAAGGAAGGCUGAAACCCGACCACCACUGAACAAGACGCAUAAGUUGAAACGUCAAGACUGGGCCAAGAAAUAUCUGAAGACUGAUUUUUCAAAGGUUUUAUGGACUGAUGAGAUGAGAGUGACUCUUGACUGACCAGAUGGAUGGGCCCGUGGCUGGAUCAGUAACGGGCACGGAGCUCCACUUCGACUCAGACGCCAGCAAGGUGGAGGUGGGGUACUGGUAUGGGCUGGUAUUAUUAAAGAUGAGCUAGUUGGACCUUUUCGGGUUGAAGAUGGACUCAAACUCAACUCCCAAACCUACUGCCAGUUUUUAGAAGACACUUUCUUCAAGCAGUGGUACAGGAAAAAGUCUGCAUCUUUCAAGAAGACCAUGAUUUUUAUGCAGGACAAUGCUCCAUCGCAUGCAUCGAAGUACUCCACUGCGUGGCUAGCCAGUAAAGGCCGUAAAGAUGAAAGAAUAAUGACAUGGCCCCCUUCCUCACCUGACCUAAACCCUAUUGAGAACUUGUGGUCCCUUCUUAAACGGUCGAUUUACGGUGAAGGAAAACAGUACACCUCUCUGACCAGUGUCUGGGAGGCUGUGGUUGCUGCUGCACAAAAAGUUGAUCGUCAACAGAUCAAGAAACUGACAGACUCCAUGGAUGGAAGGCUUAUGACUGUUAUUGAAAAGAAGGGUGGCCAUAUUGGUCACAGAUUUUUUAUUUUUUUUGAAAUGUCAGAAAUGUUUUUGUAAAUUUUGAGUUGUUUGUUUAUUAUUCUCACUUUAACUGAUGAAAAAUAAACAAGUGAGAUGGGGAACUUUUCGUUUUUCAUUUAGUUGCAUAAUAAUUGUGCACACUAAUAGUUGCCCAAUAAUUGUGCACACAUAGAUAUUCUCCAAAGAAAGCCAAAACCUCACUUUUACUUUCUUAAAUAUUCAGGUUUGAGGUUUAUUAACAUUUUGGAUUGACCGAGAGCACUGUAGUUGUUCAAUAAUACAAUUAAUCCUCAAACAUACAACUUGCCUAAUAAUUGCACACAGUGUAAAAGGCUGUGCGUGAUGACAUAGUGCACAUAAUAACUUUUGAGGUCAAUUCCCAUGCACUGAAUGAAAAAUACAAGUUAAAUGGGUUUACAUCGCAUUUUCAACUAUACUGAUGGUUUUGUCACAAAAACUGUUGCGUUAUAUAGCAAAUGUGCCCACUCUGGUCUUGGCACGUGCGCUCUAGCCAACAGCUUGCAGAUUCAGUGCAGGGAGGCUACCUAUAUUAUGAGAUUAUUAAGGAUAAGAGCGAUAUUAUUUGGGGGGUCAAACAGCAGCCAAGCACCGAUCAUCAUGUCACCAGAAUAAGACCCUCAGUAUUUAUUGGAAAGGUACAUCAAGCUCAUCACUUGAACUUUCACCACCCUGUGACGUUCAUAACUUAUUUAAUCUGUAGCCUAAUAAACUGCAUGCAUUCCGGAGUCGUAGUGGGAGGACCACACAACAUAUUAUCGCGUGAUUCCAAGUUUACUUCGGUAUGAUGGUCAUUAUAUCAAUAUUUGCGCACAAAGGCAUUUCCACCGCCAUUUCUCACAUAAUUAAUUUUAGAGACACAAAGAUCCCACCAUGUUGAACGAACAAAUUGUCUGUCGGCAUUUAUAAAAUUAUACCAACAUUUCCUGUUUCCAUCAGCUCGGUUGUGACUUUUUUCAUGUCAGGUAAUUCAUCUGCAUUAAAUGGUUGGAUGGAAACCUAGUUAUUGUCCUACUAUGCCUUUCCUGCUUUUUUUGCUAUAUUCACAUGAGCAUUACCCUCUUCCGACCCCUGACCUUAGUGUCUUCAUAUACAGCACUUUGUUAGGUCAGGAGAAGUGAGCUAGAAUUCUGCCUAUUUUCCUUUCCCCUCUACAUACAGUGGGGGAAAAGAGUAUUUAGUCAGCCACCAAUUGUGCAAGUUCUCCCACUUAAAAAGAUGAGAGAGGCCUGUCAUUUUCAUCAUAGGUACACGUCAACUAUGACAGACAAAUUGAGAAAAAAAAAUCCAGAAAAUCACAUUGUAGGAUUUUUAAUGAAUUUAUUUGCAAAUUAUGGUGGAAAAUAAGUAUUUGGUCACCUACAAACAAGCAAGAUUUCUGGCUCUCACAGACCUGUAACUUCUUCUUUAAGAGGCUCCUCUGUCCUCCACUCGUUACCUGUAUUAAUGGCACCUGUUUGAACUUGUUAUCAGUAUAAAAGACACCUGUUCACAACCUCAAACAGUCACACUCCAAACUCCACUAUGGUCAAGACCAAAGAGCUGUCAAAGGACACCAGAAACAAAAUUGUAGACCUGCACCAGGCUGGGAAGACUGAAUCUGCAAUAGGUAAGCAGCUUGGUUUGAAGAAAUCAACUGUGGGAGCAAUUAUUAGGAAAUGAAGACAUACAAGACCACUGAUAAUCUCCCUCGAUCUGGGGCUCCACGCAAGAUCUCACCCCGUGGGGUCAAAAUGAUCACAAGAACGGUGAGCAAAAAUCCCAGAACCACACGGGGGGACCUAGUGAAUGACCUGCAGAGAGCUGGGACCAAAGUAACAAAGCCUACCAUCAGUAACACAUACUCCGCCAGGGACUCAAAUCCUGCAUUGCCAGACGUGUCCCCCUGCUUAAGCCAGUACAUGUCCAGGCCCGUCUGAAGUUUGCUAGAGUGCAUUUGGAUGAUCCAGAAGAGGAUUGGGAGAAUGUCAUAUGGUCAGAUGAAACCAAAAUAUAACUUUUGGUAAAAACUCAACUCAUCGUGUUUGGAGGACAAAGAAUGCUGAGUUGCAUCCAAAGAACACCAUACCUACUGUGAAGCAUGGGGGUGGAAACUUCAUGCUUUGGGGCUGUUUUUCUGCAAAGGGACCAGGACGACUGAUCCGUUGUAAAGGAAAGAAUGAAUGAGGCCAUGUAUCGUGAGAUUUUGAGUGAAAACCUCCUUCCAUCAGCAAGGGCAUUGAAGAUGAAAGUGGCUGGGUCUUUUAGCAUGACAAUGAUCCCAAACACACCUCCCGGGGGAACGAAGGAGUGGCUUCGUAAGAAGCAUUUAUGGCACUGAUGGCUCACCUAAAUGUCAAAUGUUUGUGAAGGAUUUGAAGUCUGUUUGUUUGCCAGCGACAGAAACUCACUGCUCUAGAGGAGAUGUAAAAUGGGCCAAAUGCACGGUGUGAACUUUGGUUUUUGACAUUUAGUUGCACAAAAUAAAAAGUAUUGUAGUUGCCACACUAAUAGUGCCAAUAACUGUGCACACACAGAUAUCUCCAAAGAAAGCCAAACCUCACUUUACUUUCUUAAAUAUUCAGGUUUUAGGUGUAUUAACAUUUUGGAUUGACGAGAGAACUGUAGUUGAUCAAUAAUACAAUUAAUCCUCAAACAUAACUUGCGUAAUUGUGCACACAGUGUAAAAGCUUGCUGAUGACAUGUGCACAUAAUAACUAUUUGAGGUCAAUUCCCAUGCACUGAAUGAAAAAUACAAGUUAAAUGGGUUUACAUCGCAUUUUCAAUUAUACUGAUGGUUUUGUCACAAAAACUGUUGCGUUAUAUAGCAAAUGUGCCCGCUCUGGUCUUGGCACGUGCGCUCUAGCCAACAGCUGGCAGAUACAGUGCAGGGAGGCUACCUACAUUAUGAGAUUAUUAUGGAUAAGAGAGAUAUUAUUUUGGGGGUCAAACAGCAGCCAAGCACCGAUCAUCAUGUCACCAGAAUAAGACCCUCGAUAUUUAUUGGAAAGGUACAUCAAGCUCAUCACUUGAACUUUCACCACCCUGUGACGUUCAUAACUUAUUUAAUCUGUAAUCUUUAUUAACUGCAUGCAUUCCGGAGUCGUAGUGGGAUGACCACAACAUAUUAUCGCGUGAUUCCAAGUUUACUUCGGUAUGAUGGUCAUUAUAUCAAUAUUUGCGCAUAAAGGCGUUUCCACCGCCAUUUCUCACAUAAUUAAUUUUAGAGACACAAAGAUCCCACCAUGUUGAACGAACAAAUUGUCUGUCGGCAUUUAUAAAAUUAUACCGAAAUUUCCUGUUUCCAUCAGCUCGGUUGUGACUUUUUUUAUGUCAGAUCUAGGAUCAUCUUAUCUAUCUAGGAUAAUCUUAUCUACCCCCAAUCUUAACCUUAAACAUUAGGGGGGAAAGACUAAACAGGCCCUGUCAGAGUCUAUGGGCAAUCUCUGAUCUUCUGUCCCUGAGUCAUGUUUAUUAGGGAAAAUUAGCGUUUCUGAAAGGGACAUUUUUAGAUAGUUCCUCCCUCUUUUACUUUGUUUCUGAAAGUUUUCUACUGAACACAACCCUGACGUGUCUCUGUCCCCAGGUGCGCUUUCCCUCCCACUUCAGCUCGGACCUGAAGGACCUGCUGAGGAACCUGCUCCAGGUGGACCUGACCAAGCGCUUCGGCAACCUGCGGAACGGAGUCAACGACAUCAAGGGCCACAAGUGGUUCGCCACCACUGACUGGAUCGCCAUUUACCAGAGGAAGGUGAGAAGGCCUGCUUCCAUGGCCCUUCUAUUGUUCACUGUAUAGCCACCGGAGAGAGGCAGGUUUGGUUGAGACAGAGGAGAGAUUGGGGGGGGGGUUGGGAGAAGGCAGGAUGUCUUAAGGGGUAUGAUUCAGAGCUGAUGUCAUUUGGCUUGGUCUUGUUUGGAGACAUGUUACACAUGCAUUACUCACAUAGUCUUACACAGAGCUGGAAUGUUCUCCACUUGACUAAUAACAUGUCCGUAACCAGUGAAUGACCAAUGACUGUCAGACAUUAUAUGUCAACAACUGAGGAGGAAUGAUACUGUGAGAGCUACAGUAGAAAGAAUCUGAGUAUUCUCUGUGUUGUGUUUUCAGGUGGAGGCACCGUUUAUUCCCAAGUGCAAAGGCCCCGGUGACACCAGCAACUUUGACGACUAUGAGGAAGAGGAAAUCCGAGUCUCCUUCACAGAGAAAUGUGGCAAGGAGUUUGCCGAGUUCUAG